AUGCACAUUCAGGCAUGGGCCGUGUAUUUUCCAGAGGAGGAGCUAACGGCAUUCAACGAGCUUGUUCAGAUUGUGGCAGACACAAAAGAGAAGCUGAAGCCUAUGCUCUCUCAGCAGAACAUUGAAGACAUUGCUGGAUCAAAGGUGUACGAGCUAUCCAUACAGACGCUGGAGAUGCUUGUGCCCAAAGAGCAUCUUGACUCAGAUGCAGGAAGCAUGCUUUCAUGCAUAUGCUGUGCGCUUUCUGAGAUUUUGUACGAUGCAGGGCAUUUAUGCAUUAAGGUGCAUGCCAGGAUAACAACAUUCCGGUAUCAGAGCAGAUUUGUGGAUGUAGAUGGUACAAGCCUUGGAAAGCUUGUGUUCAUAUCUGGAACUGUUUGCAGAGUGGGAUUCCGAAGGAUUGUGUGCAUUAAGAUGGAGUUUGAGUGUACGAAGUGUGGGGAGGUGCUGACAGUGAGCAUGAAAGACAACAUCUUUAGGCCACCUAGGGGAUGCAAGGCGAUGUGCAAUUCGAAGGUAUUUGUGCCAUUGAAAGCAACGCCUGGAAUGCAUUGCAUGGACACACAAGACAUCAAGAUACAGGAGCUUUAUGGAGGAGAGGGAGAUGCUGGCAAUAGAAUGCCCAGAAUGAUGGAAUGCAUACUCAAUGACGAUUUUGUAGGUACAAUGGCGCCUGGAGACAUAGUGCAGGUUGUUGGUGUUCUUGGAGUUGAGCUUGAGAGCGAGAGUCUAUACAAGCUGGUUAUAAGGGUCAACAACAUUCAGAUAGUGAAGAAUAAAGGGCUGUUUGUUGAAAGCUUGGAGUGCCAGGGAGCAGACUUUAUGGAAUUUAGAAGAAUAGCAAAGAGCGAAGGGAUACUGAAUCUGUUUAUUGAAGGCUUCUACUCGACGGUUUAUGGCAACGAGCUGAUCAAAGCAGGGCUGGUGCUUGCGCUUUUUGGAGGGACACGGAAAAGCAUAAGGCAACACUUGGUGCGAUCUGAAAUACAUGUGCUGAUAAUCGGAGAUCCUGGGCUUGGAAAGAGUAGGCUGCUUCUGAGCACAUGUGUGGCUCUUCCGAAAAGCAGUUAUGUCAGUGGUAGCUUUGCAACGGCAGCAGGAUUGACGGUGUCACUGACACAUGACCCGAUUUCUGGGGAGUAUAUGGCUGAUGCCGGGGCACUUGUUGUUACUGACAAUGGAGUAUGCUGCUUGGACGAGUUUGACAAGAUAGACGACCAUGCGGUCCUGUUUGAGGCGAUGGAAGACCAGAGGGUCAGUGUUGCAAAGGGAGGCGUGAUAUGCAGUAUCCCUACGAGGAGCACGGUGGUAGCAGCAACGAAUCCCAGGCAUGGGCAUUUUGACCGAACGAAGGGGAUGGAGGAGAAUGUAAGGUUUGACAGUGGAUUGCUUUCGAGGUUUGACUUGGUUUUUGUUCUUUUGGACGACCUGGCCGAGGACGAGUGCCAGGGAAUAUCAACAAGGAUUCUCAGGAAGAGGCAGGGAGCAAAUGUGCCUGAGGAGCAUAUUGAUGAGCUAGUUAAGUCGAUCAGAAGCGAUGUAUUUAUUGAGGAUCUGAAGAGGAAAGGGAACGAUGUGUAUGCAUGCGAUGCAUUGAGGAAGUACAUACUGUAUGCAAGAGGAAAUGUGUUUCCGACGCUUAGCAAAUCUGCAAAGGAUGCUUUGAAGGAGUAUUAUUUGGAAAUAAGAAAGGAGUUUGGGGCGGGUACAAGGGAUCUUGAGGCGUUGGUGAGGCUUACCGAGGCGAGGGCAAAGAUGGAGCUAAGGAGCAUAGCCACGAAGGCGGAUGCGAUGUUUAGUGUGGAGCUGUACAGAAGAGCAAAGUCUUACAAGAAGAAGAUGGCAGUGGAUAGGAGAAAAAGCAAAGACUUCAACGAGAUGCUCAGGGAGUAUAAGCAUAAGAGUGGAGAUGGACUGAUCAGCAGGGAGAUACUUUGCGAGAUGGUAAGUGGAUUUGAUUGCGAAAAGAAUGCGGAGGAGUUUAUAGAGAUGCUGAAUCACAAUGGUGCACUGAUCAGGAAAGGAAAGGAUAUGUACAAGAUAUUAAUCUGA